CAUCAUCAUUGUAAAUCGUAAUCAUAUCAUAUCUUCUCUUCCAAAAAUCAAAAAUCUUCUUCACGGAUAAGAAGAAAAAAAGAACACUGCACCUUACUAUUAUUAUUUCGCUUUUGCUUUUUUCGCAUCUCUCUAUCAUUCUCUUUCACAUUCUCUGCCUUUUUUUUUUUUUUUUUUUUUUUUUUUUUUUNUGAAAUCGCAUCUUUGGGUCUGGGUUUGUUGUGUUGUGGAGUAAAUUAGGGUUUUUUUUUGUGUGUGUGUGUGUGUGUGUUUGAUUUCUUUGUAAAAAAAAAAUGGACAAGUACGAGCUAGUUAAAGACAUCGGUGCUGGUAAUUUCGGAGUCGCUAGGCUCAUGAAAGUCAAAAACUCCAAAGACCUCGUUGCUAUGAAGUACAUCGAGCGUGGCCCUAAGAUUGAUGAGAACGUGGCGAGAGAGAUUAUAAAUCAUAGAUCACUUCGUCAUCCUAAUAUCAUCCGCUUUAAGGAGGUAGUUUUGACACCAACGCAUAUCGCUAUUGCUAUGGAAUAUGCUGCUGGUGGUGAGCUAUUUGAGCGUAUAUGUACCGCUGGAAGGUUUAGUGAAGAUGAGGCAAGAUACUUUUUUCAGCAGCUUAUAUCGGGAGUUAGCUAUUGCCACGCUAUGCAAAUAUGCCACAGAGAUUUGAAGCUUGAAAAUACCCUCUUGGAUGGAAGUCCUGCUCCACGUCUUAAGAUCUGUGAUUUUGGUUACUCCAAGUCCUCGCUGUUGCACUCUAGGCCCAAAUCAACUGUUGGAACUCCUGCAUAUAUUGCUCCUGAGGUUCUUUCUCGCAGAGAGUAUGAUGGCAAGAUGGCUGAUGUAUGGUCUUGUGGUGUGACUCUUUAUGUGAUGCUGGUGGGAGCAUACCCAUUUGAAGACCAGCAGGAUCCCAAAAACUUCAAAAAAACGAUACAAAGAAUAAUGGCUGUCCAGUACAAGAUCCCGGACUAUGUCCAUAUCUCACAAGAUUGCAAGCAUCUCCUCUCCCGAAUAUUUGUCGCCAACUCAAUCAAGAGGAUUACUAUAGCUGAAAUCAAGAAACAUCCAUGGUUCCUAAAGAACCUGCCAAGGGAACUUACAGAGACAGCACAAGCUGCAUACUUUAGGAAAGAAAACCCGACAUUCUCUCUCCAGAGUGUCGAAGAGAUUAUGAAGAUUGUUGAAGAGGCGAAAACUCCUGCUCCAGUUUCUCGAUCCAUAGGAGCAUUUGGGUGGGGAGGAGUAGAUCAUGCUGAGAGCAAGGAGGAAGAUGCAGAGGAAGAAGUUGAGGAAGUAGAAGAAGAAGACGUAGACGAAGAAGAUGAGUAUGAUAAGACGGUGCAGCAAGUGCAUGCUAGCAUGGGAGAAGUCCGAGUCAGUUAAACACAACAACAACAAAAAAAGAUUGGUAGAUUGGUUUUCUUGUCAAGAAAAGUUUCUAAAACCCAAAAAGAAACGGUGUUCGUUGGUCUGUCGAAUCUGUCUCUUGCAAAGUUAUCUAUUAUAUUUCAGAUUUCUCAUAAACCUGAAUCCCUCUGUUUAAGUGCCAACCUUGUCAGGACU